AUGUCUGUUGUGGUUAAAACGUGUUCAAAAUGCCAAAGGUUGUAUUUGCCUCAUUUCGUCCACGAUUGUAAUGUACUAGAUACUUCAUUGGUACCUAGCACAUCACAAUCGCCGGAUCGAGUGAGGACAGCAAUUAAGCCACAACAUAUUAGGCCAAAGACUACGGAAAUAGAUGGUGACACAGUUAGGAAUGAAGCUUUAUAUUCUUCCAUUAUUGGGGCAGUGCUUAAACAUCCUGCUUUGUGGGACCAUCGUCUACCUUUAAAGGACCGGACUGAAAUUAAAAAAAGAAAAUUAUGGGAAUUGGUCCAUUUGGAGUGUGAAGGUAAUUAUGAUGUAACAUCUAUUAUGAAUAAGUGGAAAUAUUUGAGGGAUAGGUAUGCUAGAGAAAAAAAAAGUUACAAACGUCCAUCUGGUAGUGGCAGUACACCAUUGAAAGUAUGGGAGCAUUUUUAG